AUGUAUGUGAAAAGCGAAACGUGCAUAACUGUGUCAACGCGUGUGGCCCUGAGACCCACGCGACCUCUGGUUGGAGACGCGCCAAAAUAUAGAGGCCGUCUCGCAUUUUCCGGCACGAUUAUCAUGGAGGAUGUCGCAGAGUUCUCCGAUGAAAAGGGUGCCGACGACAAUUCAACUGAUAACAUUUCAAAUACUGAAAUCGGAGAUGAAAAAACCAUUCCAUAUAAUAAUAGGAAAGACCGAAUCCAACUUUCUCGAGUGUCAAGGGCCUUCCACAAUUUGAUAUUUACCUCGGCUUUUUGGUAUGAAGUCACACUCUAUAAUACGAGGGGAUUUGGAGAGGAUGCGUUGGAAUUGUUGAAAGGAGUAAAUUUCUUGGAUGCAAGUGUGAACAAAUUGGAUGACGAAUUUGUUCGAAAACUGGUCAUGGGACCGCCUGGGAAAUCCUUGAGGGGGUUGGACCUCUCGGGGAAUGAUAUUACCGACACAGCGAUCACUCACAUAGGUUACAACUGCACUCACCUCCAAAAACUAUCUCUCAAGGGAUGCCACAACAUCUCUAGAAUUCAACCUUUAGGACUUCUCUCGGCCCAUCUCAACACCUUGAUUCUAUCCCAUUGCGGGGACAUAUGGGAUACGUCAUUUGACGGAUUGGUCGAACAACUCGGUCCAAACCUGUCGAAACUGGAUCUCGAUGGAUGCUACAAUUUGACACAUGAGUGUGUGGUCAAAAUAUCGCGACAUUUAACAAACUUGAGAUAUUUGGCAAUCGAUGGCCAAGGAAUCGGCGAUCCGACACUGAUUGAGAUAUUCGAGAAUUGCAAAUCUCUGGAAUUGUUUUCAAUGUCGUUUUGCGAUUCUUUGACCGAUGAAAGUUUGGUUGCGAUCUGUCAUAACAUCGCGGAAUUGUCUCUUGGUCAAAUGGUGCAACCAGAGAUUCGCUGGAUAAGCUUGGAUUGGUGUUGGGGAAUAAAGGAGGAAUGUUUGUUGCGCAUGCUGACCUUGUGCCCAAAGCUGCAAGAGAUUUCGAUGGAAGGUUGCUUUGAGAUAACGUGUGAAUCAUUAGAGGGAAGGAAAUUCCCCGAACUGAAGGUGCUGAACCUUUUUUCAUGCAGAGGUGUCGAUUCCAGCACCAUAAAGAAAAUUUGUCAAUUGAACAAAGAGAUUUAUAUAAUUGAUUAUUAUGGUGAGGCUUAUAGAGACGGUAGAAGGAUUGGAUACAGAGCUGAUGUUUACGUGGAAGGCGAAGGGACGGGAUGGGGAAUGCUAAAUGUCGGAAAUAAUUUGCGAUUUUACAGGGGUUACACCGUCUGA